CAUCGUACACCUGCUCUUUGUUGUGACAACUCGUCAUCGUGGGACAGUUGGUUCACUUCUUUUUUUUUGUUUUUCCGUUCGGUCCUUUCAACAAUUCUUUCUUGAACUGCUCUACGCCUGGUUGCGUUGCAAGGCAUUGUUUCGCGCUCUUCGAUUCCACCGGACCAGCCCAAAAGAACAAAGGGCCUUCGUUGACCUCAACUUGAAAACCAGCUUCGCUUCAUCGGCAGUUUUCUUUGUUUUGCGCAUUCUGCCGCAAGCCGUCGCCGUCCUCCAAGAUUCAACACGCGCAUCGUCGGCUCGGCCGGUUCCAAGACUGAUCUCCGUCAGCUUGCGACAAUGGCGAGCAACCAAUAUCGCCAGCAAUGGCAACAAGGUCCAACCCAGGUGCAGCAGCCUUACCAGUAUGAUCGUAGGAAUGACCAGAGACAAUGGCAAGAGAAUGGGCGCAGCCAGGGAACAUCAUACAACCAGGGGUAUCAGCAGUACAAUGACUAUCCUCAAGAUCGCAACGGGUACGACGACGGCUAUGGUCAUGUGCAGCAGCCUCCAACGAAUUACGGUCGAAAUGGACAUUGGCAAGGCCAAGUCCAGGAUCAAUAUCAACCGAGUGGUUUCCAAGAUCCGCCUUAUUACGACAACGGAAACGGAUACUCACAACCACCUCCGCCGCAGCGCGACCCUUAUCCCGAGCAAGCCCCGUCCUCAGGUCGCACAUACCAAUACGACGAACGUUACCGUACAAAUGCACCAAGCAGGCCGCAGCCAGAGUAUCACAAUCAUUCUUCAGGCGGACAGAGACCGUCGCGGGAAGCAAGAUCUGGUCCAUCUACACCACAAAAAAGACAGAAGACGCGAGAACGCAUUCUAGCCGAACCGACGUCGCCGAAGAACCUAGCCUGGGACAAUCCUUUUGGCGCUUGGCCGCAAAAAAAGAAGCCGGUUGAGAGACAGAGGCACAGCAGUCUGGAUGCUGAGUUGAAAGGUUUGAGCCUCAACGAGAGACCAGACAGUCGAGAAGCACGCCCAAACACGUCGCAUGGACACCGCAAGAGGGAUGAACACAGGUCUAAUACUUCACAUGGUGGCAGACCGAGCAUGGAGCGACCCAUGCCACCUCCGAUGGACCAUCAGAUGCCUCCUCAGGAGAUGAGAUAUCACCCGCAAGAGCCGAAUCCAUCAAGGGACAGGCGUCCACAGGAUGUAUCUCGCCCUCCACCGCUUCAAGAUUACGGGGUAGCCCAGAGACAGGACUCUAUGGACCUCAACAGACCACCACAUCGAUCGCAGGAAAAUGUUCCUCCUUCGCCUCGACGUGUACCACGGCAAGAUCCACGAGGACCUCCACCCCCGAACAACCGCGAAUACGCGCAAACCGGGCCUUUUGGUGGAAUGGACAGAUAUGGCGCUCCAGGAGAGUAUGGAGCGCACAUGAAUCAGCUCCCUCCACAAGAUGCUUCCCGCAAUGAGUAUCUUCGAGACGAAGGAUAUGCACAAGAUUAUGUUCCCUCUUCGAGAGCCGACGAAUCACCUGUAGAGCCGCCACCGCAGCCGCAACAGCGUCAACCAGUUCGUCCGCCCCGUACCGAGGGCUUCGACCCGAACAGCUAUAGAGGAGUGCCCAACACUGCUGGGCCAAACAAGACAAGGAGUCAAGAAAUGCCAAACUUUGAUGCUAUACCCACAAAUGCUAAUGAAAAACCCGAAGACCAUAUUAGCACUGGGCAAGCACCUUUUGACCAGCAAGUUUACCGCAAGCCAACCUACCAAGUUCCCGGAUCGUUCCCUCCCCCAGUCGAUACUGCCGACAUCAUCCCAUCACCACCGUUGAAACACAACAACAACAGUUCUCCUCUCGCGGACUUUGCUUUUGAUCUGCCGCCAAGCAGAAACACUGGAUCGGUCGAUCGCCCAUCUCCUGCAACAUAUCAAAAUGGUUACAAUGAUGGUCCCAGGCCUGGACCAGGGGGCUAUGAGGGCACUCAGCGUCCGCAAGCACAGUAUCCUCCUCGAUCAGCAAGCAGGAACAACAUGAAACCGCCACCUACAGGGGAUCUGCCACCCAUCCCAAACAAUGCUCCUCCGUAUCGAUCAUUCAGUCAGGACCAAUACCCUGCACGUCCCCACACGAGUAAUGCCCAACGGCCACCGCCGCAGCCUGAUAUGGUUGCACCAUACGACCGAAGCUACUCUGACCAAUUCAGGGCUCCUUCGGCACCUGUCCCCAACCAGUACAACCAGGGCUAUAGUCCAAGUCCAAGUCAACAGCAGAGACAACCCUAUGGACAGCAACAACCUACCCCACGAGGUAUGUCUCAGGAAAAUUACUCGGGUGGUCCACCGCCCAGGAAACCAUCCCAGGACAAUUAUAACCCUGGUCCUCCUCGACCUUCGACCUCGUCUGCACAUCCGGUUCCAGUCAGACACUAUGGCGAUUCGAGUGUCAACCUCAAUACCAACCCAGACGCUCUCCCAGCUCACCCCGAGCCAGUUAGAGGAAGUGGAAAUGGAUAUCAACCGCAAGUCCAACCUGCUCCACCAGCAAUGGCACAAGCACAAUCAGCCCCUGUACAAAAGCGAGAUAGUGCAACUGGCCGUAGCGAUACGCCCCCUGUAACUCUUCAAGAGCUCAACAGCCUUCGUGUAGAAUACAGCAAAAAUCCAGCCAACUAUGCCGUCGGUUUGAAACUUGCAAAGAAAGAAGUUGAGGCUGCUAGAGUGCUGGCGGACGAAGGUGGUGCGGCUGAUGCCAAACAAACUCAAAAGAACCGAGAAAAAUACAUUUUCGACGCGCACAAAUUGAUCAAGAGACUUGUCGCGGCCAGUUAUCCCGACGCCAUGUUCUACCUCGCCGACUGUCAUGGCCAAGGUCUCUUGGGACUUCCAGUUGAUCCAAAAGAAGCUUUCCAUCUCUAUCAAUCGGCCGCCAAACUCAAUCAUGCGCAAAGUGCCUACCGUGUCGCCGUGUGUUGCGAACUGGGCUCCGAAGAAGGUGGUGGUACGCGCCGCGACCCCCUGAAAGCGAUUCAAUGGUACAAGCGCGCCGCCACGCUGGGCGACACGCCCGCCAUGUACAAAAUGGGCAUGAUCCAGCUCAAAGGCCUGCUGGGACAACCGAAGAGUCCACGUGAAGCUGUGUCGUGGCUCAAACGUGCCGCCGAACGGGCCGACAAAGACAACCCGCACGCGUUGCACGAACUGGGUCUCCUCUAUGAGUCUGCGUCUGGGAACGACAGCAUCAUCCGCGAUGAGCGGUACGCAUUCCAACUGUUCCAGCAGGCCGCCGAGUUGGGCUACAAGUAUUCCCAGUUCCGACUUGGGUCGGCGUUUGAGUACGGCUUGCUCGGCUGUCCCAUCGACGCGCGGCAGAGCAUAGCCUGGUACACGCGCGCCGCGGCCCAGGGUGAACACCAAUCCGAGCUCGCCCUGAGUGGGUGGUACCUCACUGGCAGCGAACCGCUUUUGGUUCAGAGCGACACCGAGGCGUUUCUCUGGGCUCGAAAGGCCGCUAGUUCCAAUCUCGCAAAGGCCGAAUACGCAAUGGGUUAUUUCAACGAGGUCGGCAUCGGGACGGGAGUUGAUGUCGAGGAGGCCAAGAGGUGGUAUUACAGAGCAGCAUCUCAAAAUUUCCCAAAAGCCCGGGAACGCCUCGAGGAAUUGAAACGAGGUCAAAAGAUGCAAAAGACACGAGUUUCACGGUCGAACGUCAACAGACAAAGUGACGGGGAAUGUGUCGUCAUGUGAGAGAAGUAGUUUUGUUGUAAUGGGAAUGAAGACGUUUUCCUUUUUACUCCUUUUCUUCAUUCAUCUCAUCCCAAGGAAUGAAAAACAGACACAUUCUUGAGACGUCUCUCUUUUCUUUCCCCUUCCGUUUUGUGUGGACUCCCUCGAUUUUGAAGCGGGAAAGGGGGCCACAGGCGAUUGGUCUUGUGGACGAAUAUGAAAAGUGAAAUGUUUGUGUUUAUUACGGAAACCCUUGGAAGUGGCCUGCAGAGAGGGGGGGAGAGAGAGAGACGCUCUGUCCAGGAUGCCCUUUUCCUACUUGUGGACUGUUUCACACGCUCACUCUCUCCAUGUAUGUAAUGUAUCGAUAAUAUGAUGAUGGUGAUGAUGUGUGUGUGAGAC